AAAACAAAAAAUUGUGGAGAAAAACACGGUGGAUGAGGAAUUGUGUUGGACCGAUACCGAAAAGCCCUCAAAAGCCAACAGUCUUUCAAUUACCAAUCGAAAAUCAGGCUUAUGAUAUAACACCACCAAUUCAUCAAUGGCGUUCAGCAGAAGAAAAAUGGCAGCUUUCUCUCUGAUAUAGAAAAACAGGGCAGAUGAGAACAGGUCAACUAAGUUGAUUCGAUUGUGUUCUUAUCCUUAUCCGGACAUACUUGGAAGCAUAUGGAGACAGAAGCCCGGUGCUUUAAUUUAUUCAGACGGCUGCAAUAAUUUCCCAUUGUUUAAUCGAAUAAAUCUCUUCUUACGCCCAACAAAAUAAACGUAAGCUGAGAAAUUAUUAGAGAGAUCCGCCAUGGACGCCCUGCAAAUCCUCUGCGCUCCAUUUUUGUUCUUAGCCUUUUAUGUUAUCAGUUACCAUUUCUUCCACAAGCUUAGAAAUCAUCCGCCCAGCCCUUUCCCCGCCUUGCCAAUCAUCGGCCAUUUCCAUCUCUUGAGCCAACCUUUCCACCGAGCUCUGAUCAAAAUCUCAAACAGGUACGGCCCCGUUCUCUUGCUCAGGUUCGGCUCUCGCCCUGUCCUCCUCGUUUCAUCUCCCUCGGCGGCCGAGGAAUGUUUUACCAAAAACGAUGUCGUUCUUGCGAACCGGCCCAAGUUUCUCGGUGGGAAGAUCUUUGGGUAUGAAUACACCAGCCUUGCUUGGUCCUCUUAUGGCGAGCACUGGAGAAAUCUCCGGAAACUUUCAACCAUCGAAGUUUUAUCGGCCCACAGGAUUCAGGUUUUAUCCGAGAUUCGAACCGAUGAAGCCAAAUCUCUCAUCCGCAGGCUCUUCAGAUCCUCCCAGAAUACUUCAGACAACAUGGUGGAAGUGAAAUCUGCGGUUUAUGAUUACACGUUCAACGUCAUCACGCGGAUGGUUACUGGGAAAAGGUUUUUUGGGGAGAAAGUGGAGAACGCGGAUGAAGCCAAGCUGUACAAAGAAAUUGGAGAUGAAACCACAAGGCUGGUUAUUCAGAGCGGCGUUUUGGAUUACUUCCCUGUGCUGAAGUGGAUUGGAUACAAAGGAAUUGUGAAGGAGAUGAAGAAAAUGCAGGAGAGGAGGAAUCAAUUCAUGCAUAAUAUAAUAGAGCAACAUCGCCAGAAAACGAAGAGCAAUGGCGCUGGGGAGAAUGGAGGAAAGAAUAGUAAGACAAUAUUGGAAGUUUUAUUAGGUCUCCAGGAAACUGACGCUGAUUACUAUUCAGAUGAAAUCAUCAUCAGCCUCUUGUAUGUCCUACUUCAUGCAGGAUCUGAAACCUCAGCGACAACGUUAGAGUGGGCCUUCUCAUACCUGCUGGAGAAUCCAAGAAUCAUGAAGAAGGCGAAAGCCGAAAUUGACCUACAAGUUGGACACACCCGCCUGGUAGAGGAAUCCGACAUGGGCAAACUCCCAUACAUCCGGUGCAUCGUGAACGAGACCUUACGGUUGCAGCCGGCGGCGCCGCUCCUGGUCCCACAUUUCUCUGGGGAGGAGUGCCACGUGGGAGGCUACCGCGUGCCAAAAGGGACCAUCGUGUUAGUGAACGCGUGGGGAAUUCAGCGUGACCCCAAGGUAUGGGAGGAUCCUGAAACCUUCAACCCGGAGAGAUUCGAAAGCUUUAAAAGCAGCAAAGAUCACGCCUUCAAAUUCAUGCCGUUUGGAUCGGGCAGGAGGAGCUGCCCGGGCGAAAAUCUGGCGAUUCGGGUCGUUGAAUUGGCGUUAGGGUUACUGUUACAAUGCUUUGACUGGGAAAACCCUAGCAAGGAGACGAUUGACAAGACUGAUAGCAGUGGAUUCAUUGCUGCUAAACUUACCCCUCUCGUUGCUAAAUGUUCUCCCCGAUCUGAGAUGGUGACCACUCUUUCUCAGAUCUGAAUCUCAUUGUUGAGCGUAGGGCCAUUUCAUUUGUCAUUUUCUUGUAUUAAGAAUCUUUAAUUUGGGACAUUAAACUAGGAGAUCAAGUUGCAAAUUAAACCUAUAUAUUGCCAAUGGUUCAUGGUUGAUUCCAAAAGAGGGCCUACCUCCAAUGUACUUUAAGCUUUAUUCUCGAUCGACAUGACAUGCAACAAUUGAUUCAGAUACAGAAAUUUUGUCAUCGAUUUAGAAUAAACUUUAAAUUAUUCUGCUUA